AUGCCUCGAGAAAGUUAUUGGUAUAGAAAUGUGGAAUCUACUGAUCCAGACAAGAAGGAGGAGUUAUCAAAAUAUAUGAAGAUGUAUCGACUGAUAAAGGCUGAUAUUCGUCAACUGAUUUCAGAAUUGGCUGAGAACGCGGCACAUCCCGAUGAAAGCAAAGCUUGUUACAAAAUAUUACAUCGUAUCUUCCACGAGAAGUCACUUACCAGAUCUAAGGAAGCAGCAAGGCUUAUGCUUGCCCUAGGUGACCAAGAUUUACUCCGAGCACUUCGGCGUCGAUAUUCAAAGAACAGUUGUACAGGUUCUUAUGAUGUUCGUGGAAUAUCUACGAAAUCGGAAUCAAAGCAGAUAAACGGGACACCUGUUAGUCACAUUGAGAAAUCUGGUGAUGUCAUUCAUAUGGUAUUUUCAGAGUCGGGGAUGAAUCAAGCCACGUCUCUUGAUGGCUUCCAAGAAAAGUCGUUCAUGGGAAGAACAAAAAUGGCAAACAGUGGACAUGGGGAGUCGAUGGUUCAAAAGAAAUCUCACAAGAUUUCUUUUCAGAGAGGACAAACAUCGAGGUUAAGGAAUACUAUGUUACUCCUAGAAAACCCUGUUUCGGAAGACAAGAAAACGAAUCAAUAUUCUCCAGAGGAAGUUAUGAUAGACAAAGAUUUGGAAGAUGUUUCGGCAGUGUCCAAUGUUCUUGCUAGAACACACUCUGCAUCUAACAUAACUAAGAAUGCAGACAGCACAAAACAUUUCGGUUAUCUGUCUAAUUUAAGUACUUCUACAGUAUCAGAAGGCUCUUUAGAUUCUGAUACGCUCGGAUGGAGUAAUGAGAAUUUUGUGAGGCCCUCAUCCCGGCCUGCGCCAGUAUUAUCAGACAAUAGUCGUCGUCACAUAAAACGAGUUUUACAAUUGACAGGUUUACACCAUCGUCCCAGAGCUGUUCAUUUACCUGAUGGCAGAAUUAGGAUACCUGCUUCACUUCCUGUCAUUCCUUCAACUACCUUCAAUCGCAUGAACAGCUUGAAUUAUGUAUCGAAAAUCUCUGACAAAAUUCAGAAAAGGAAGGAUAUUAGAAAGAUUUCAAUGGUGGACGCAAUGGAAGCACCUGAGUAUGAACUACCCAAGAACAUCUUUGAAGACCUUCAUGUUGUCAAGCAGCAUCGUCGUAGUUUCUUUGCCGAUGGUAACUCAUUAGUAGAGGUACGACCAAGAACAAUGCCAACGGCACCGACACUGAUUGCAACCCAUACUGCAGAAGGAAAAUUCAACGUUCCUAUCGACAUAGAGAGCAAUCGUCGCGCUAUUCUCGCAAUAAAUACGAUUUAUAGUGCUCUUCAUCCUCAUCAAAAUUAUUGA